GGCGUGAAGAAGUGGUUGGAGUUAUAAACGAACGCUCGAUUUUCGUAACAGAUGACGGAGGGAUGGGAAUGGCACCGGCAGAGACGAGCGUUGGUGAUUUGAUCUGCGUCUUUUACGGCUGCCCUGUGCCUUGUGUAUUGAGAGAGAAGGAGGAUGACGUAUCUUGCUUUUUCUUCAUUGGGUCAUGCUAUCUUAAUGGUAUGAUGACUGCCGAUGCAAUUGAGAAGCUUACGAUAAGACAUGGAGCUGAAGGUAAGGCAAAUGCAGAAGUUGAGCGAGACUUUGUUAUACUAUAAUAUAGCUUUCCGCUUGUUUCAGGGCUUGAUGCGCCUGUGUAUGGG